CAGAUGACCACUGACACGUCGUUGACAUUUAAUCACAAAAAAAAAUAAAAAUAAAAAUUAGUGUUGUUUUAAUUGAAAUUGUGUAUUUUUCGCUGAACUGGUCAACUCCUCCACAAUGACCACCAUAGAACAGCCGUGUUACACCCUCAUCAAUGUUCCUACAGACACGGAACCAUAUAAUGAAAUGCAACUUAAAAUGGAUUUAGAAAAAGGCGACGUCAAACAAAAAGUGGAAGCCCUUAAGAAAACAAUCCAUAUGAUACUUGCCGGAGAACGUCUACCACCAGGCCUCCUCAUGACGAUCAUUCGAUACGUGCUCCCUUUGCAGGAUCACACCGCCAAAAAACUUCUUCUUAUCUUCUGGGAAAUAGUCCCUAAAACUUCUCCUGAUGGCAAACUUCUCCAAGAAAUGAUCCUUGUUUGUGAUGCAUAUCGCAAAGACUUGCAACACCCCAAUGAGUUUUUAAGAGGAUCAACGUUGCGAUUUCUUUGUAAAUUAAAAGAGCCAGAACUUCUAGAACCUCUAAUGCCGUCAAUUAGGGCUUGUUUGGAGCACAGACACUCGUACGUUAGACGCAACGCUGUACUUGCAAUUUUUACAAUUUAUCGGAACUUUGAAUUUUUGAUACCUGAUGCACCUGAACUAAUUUCGAAUUACUUGGAUGGCGAACAGGACAUGUCUUGCAAGCGAAACGCGUUUUUGAUGUUAUUACACGCCGAUCAAGAAAGGGCGUUGUCAUAUCUAGCUAACUGUUUAGAUCAGGUUAACACUUUUGGAGAUAUUCUUCAGUUGGUUAUUGUUGAACUCAUUUAUAAAGUUUGCCACACUAACCCUUCAGAACGCUCAAGAUUUAUUCGCUGUAUUUAUAAUUUAUUGAAUUCUAGUAGCCCUGCAGUAAGAUAUGAAGCUGCUGGUACUUUGGUGACACUUUCAAGUGCCCCAACAGCUAUUAAAGCGGCUGCAAGCUGCUACAUUGAACUUAUAAUAAAAGAGAGCGACAAUAACGUUAAACUUAUUGUUUUGGACCGGCUGAUUGCUUUACGUGAACAUCCCGCUCAUGAAAGAGUCCUACAAGAUCUAGUGAUGGAUAUUUUGAGGGUUUUGACAAGCCCAGAUUUGGAAGUACGCAAGAAAACGCUGGCUUUAGCUAUGGACUUGGUGUCAUCGCGAAAUAUCGAAGAGAUGGUUCUAGUUUUAAAGAAAGAAGUGGCUAAAACUCACGAUGUUGAGCACGAGGAUACUGGAAAAUACAGACAAUUGUUAGUACGCACUUUACAUUCUUGUUGCAUCAAGUUUCCAGAUGUCGCUGCUACUGUUAUUCCUGUCUUGGUGGAGUUCUUAUCAGAUACGAAUGAAUUGGCGGCAGCAGAUGUUCUUAUUUUUGUUAGAGAGGCCAUACAGAAAUUUGAUCACUUGCAACCACUCAUAAUUGAAAAAUUGUUGGAAGCGUUUUCCAACAUAAAGUCAGUUAAGAUUCACAGAGCAGCGCUCUGGAUUUUGGGCGAAUAUGCAACCACAAUCUCGGAUGUACAGGCCGUUCUUAAAGAAAUUAAUUCAACGUUGGGGGAGGGGCCGUUAUUAGAAGCUGAACAACGUCUUGUGGCUGGAGAAACUGAUGACAGUACACAAAAUAAUCCUACACAACAACCGUCAAGCACUUUGGUUACUUCUGAUGGUACUUAUGCGACGCAGUCGGCUUUCAAUACAGUGCAAAAAAGUAAAAAAGAAAAGCGACCACCACUACGGCAGUAUUUAAUCGAUGGCGACUUCUUCAUUGGGGCAUCAAUCGCGUCGACUUUAACAAAACUCGCCCUACGAUAUGGAAAAUUGGUAAAACCCACUGAACAAAAUCGCUUUGAUGCAGAAGUUAUGUUAAUCAUGGCUGGAAUAAUUCACUUGGGAAAAUCCGGUAUCCCAACUAAAGCCAUCACCAACGACGACAAGGACCACAUCCUCUUCUGCCUCCGCGUCCUCUCCGACCGCUCUCCUUCCAUCAUAAAAAUCUUCAUGGACUUGUGCAGACUAGCCCUAAGCGACAUGCUAGUAGCGAAAGAACUCGAAGAAGCCCUCAACCAAAAAGCAAAAGAGAAAGCAGGAAACGUCAUCCAAGCCGACGACCCCAUCAACUUCAUGCAACUACAAGCCGACAAAUCGGGCGAACUCGGCGAAAACGUCUUCGAAACGUCCCUAUCCCAAGCCUUGGUGGGUGGCAGAACUGGCGGCACCGACACCAGCACCAGCGUGAACAAACUUAAUAAAGUCACCCAGUUGACUGGCUUUUCGGAUCCGGUGUACGCCGAAGCGUACGUCCACGUCAACCAAUACGAUAUAGUUUUGGACGUUUUGAUUGUUAAUCAGACGAACGACACUUUGCAGAAUUGCACUCUGGAGUUGGCCACGUUGGGUGACUUGAAGUUGGUGGAGAAGCCACAACCAGUGGUUUUAGCUCCGAAGGAUUUCUGCAACAUUAAGGCGAAUGUGAAGGUCGCAUCGACGGAAAACGGGAUCAUUUUCGGGAAUAUCGUGUACGACGUGACGGGGGCGGCGUCUGAUAGGAAUGUGGUGGUCUUGGAUGACAUCCACAUUGAUAUUAUGGAUUAUAUAGUGCCUGCGACUUGCAGCGACACGGAGUUCAGGCAGAUGUGGGCCGAGUUUGAGUGGGAGAAUAAGGUUUCGGUCAAUACUACGUUGACAGAUUUAUCUGACUAUUUGAAACAUUUAGUUAAAAGUACGAAUAUGAAGUGUCUGACUCCGGAGAAAGCUCUGUCGGGGCAGUGUGGCUUCAUGGCUGCCAAUAUGUACGCGAAGUCUAUAUUUGGAGAGGAUGCUCUUGCCAAUUUGAGUAUUGAGAAGCCUUUUAACAAGCCAGAGGCUCCGGUUACAGGACAUAUACGGAUCAGAGCAAAGAGUCAGGGAAUGGCACUCAGUUUGGGCGACAAAAUCAACAUGACCCAAAAAGGACAACAUAAUAAAGUAAUUGCUGCGUAAGUUUUAAUUAGUAUUCCUAACUUUGUAUAAUCAGAGGUUAUUAAAGAAAAUCUUCUAA